GAAAGCACGAAGCCAAGAGUCAAAAGCAUGCGGUACACAGAAGUAGAAAGAUAACAAUAGUUAGUUAGUAACAAUUGGACACAUUUCUGAAGCAUCUUGCAAAAAAAGUGCACAGUCUCAUUUCGUGCAUGGUCUCUCUUCAUUAUUAUUGCACUGCUCUUGUAUCAUCCUCACACACCGGUAAAUAAUUGUGACACCACGACCCAGCCCCCAUAGAUCUUUAAAAAGGAGACGAUGCGAUCUACUUUUUCAUGUGCGUACCAUUAUAAGAUGCACGAAUAGACUUUUUUGCCAAUUAAAAGUAAUAAUGUCACCUCGUUCAUCUUGUUCUAUCUCAGUCCACCGCCUACACAUAGCUACAUACACUUAAAUGCAUGGUUGGGUUUAAUUCGGUCUGUCGGUGGGUGAGGAGAAGUGUUCAAAUAAGUAAUUUAUGUCAAAAUUAGAUUAAAAGAGGAAGGCCAAAAUAAAUCAUUGUACGUGGUAAAAAUUUUGUCACGUACGUGGAUAGUUGGCUGCAUGCAUUUUUAGUUGAAUUUUUACCGUGGCAGUUACAUGAUCUAUCUAUUUCUACCUUUGAAAAAUUAAAACUGCAUCCCCAUGGUGGAGAAAUACCCGGAUAAUUUAAUUCUGAUGAAGUUGCUCUCACCAAUUUCUGAACUUCCAUUAACAGCCGUGGGAGACUUUCCGAUAAGUUAUCGAAAUCUUUUGGAAGGGACGACGCCGAGGUGGAAGGCGUUGCAGGUGGAGGACAGUGGCGGUGGCUUAAGAAGUCAUAAAGUGGUCACGACAAGGAGAAAGUCGUGGAGUUAUAUUCAUCCAGCGACGCCCACUGCGGAUCAUCGAAAAGGCUUCGCCUCGACGAGAGCGUCAUUUGAGGAAGCAAAUCCUGCCGUAUUUCCAUUUACGAUGGCACCCACGCCCACCACGACCACGACCCCGACUUGGCUUCACAAGGUCCACUUGCUCCGGGAGGAUAGUAAUAACGAUGCGAAGAGUUUGUCCAUCAGUGGCACUGAUCUCACAUUUGUGGUUCCUUUCAUGAUAGUACUGGCAGUUGUAGGAAUGAUUUUACUCUGCGUCCGACGACGACAAAGAUUGGAAGAUCUUCGGCACAAACUUGUCCCCAUUUAUCAUUUUGCUCCUGGAGAGGAGGAUGACGAAUUUGCCUACGAUAAGGACACAGACCCAUGGAAAGAAUACUGGUCAUCGCAUGAAUCUCGUAAAAAUCAACGUUAAACAACGUUUAGUUAGAGGUCCAAAAUUUUUGAGCGAAUUGAGUCAAAUGUGAUUUAUUUACGUUAGGGAAACAUUAUAAUUAUUAUACUUCCAAAACAUUGAAAAUCUACGUGAUAAACUUGAGGAAAAUAUAUUUCAAAAGAUUUUUUGA